CUUUUUGGGCAACUCCUGUUGAAAGUCGGCAUGCUCCACCUGUGGCUGAUUACCUACAUGGCAGCACGUCUUCUCCAGUCUUCUAAAUAUGGGGAGGAGGAGGUGUGCUCAGACCGCCUGGACACCGACUUCCCGGACAUCGACCUCUCUCAGCUGGACACCAGCGACUUUGACAGCGUCAACUGUCUCGGCGAGCUGCCGUGGUGCAGCGACCAGGCGGCGGACGCGUCGCCCGCCUCCAUCCACUACAGUACAAACGACGAGCUGUUUGAGAUAGAGGAGGAGAAUGCGGCCCUUCUCGCCGCUCUCACCGACAGCCUUGACGGCAUGGUGGAUGCCGAAGUGGGCGGGCUCUCCGUCUUCCCCGCCCUGGGGGAGGAGCCAGGGCAGGACGAGGACGACAAAGACCGACUUUCUCUCGGCGCCGACGACUUCGGGCGUUCUCCGCGGGCCGAGAUGGACAGCCCUUCUCUCCUGGAGAAACUCCUGCUGACUCCGCCCAACGUGCCCGCGGGGAAAGAUGGGCAUCGCUAUAGCAACAAAGGAUGGCGCCUGCGGCCUGCGCGACCCCAGGCGAAGAUGGACCUCUUUCAGGAGCGGAAACCCCGAGCGGUGCGUCCGGCGGGCCGCCUGUGCACCGAGCUCCACCGCCACCUCACCACCACGCGCAGCGCGGAGAAGCCUCGGGCGGCCGACACGGAGGAGGACGAGGACAGCGAGUCGGAGGAGGAUGACGACGAGGAAGAGGAGGAGUCCUCCGCCAGCGAGGCGGAAGGCGCGGCGAUCCCCGCCGAGCCGGCCAAGCCUCAGUUCAGCUCUGAGAAAGAACUCCACUCGGUGGUGGCGCUGAUCACAUACAUGCACACGUACUGCAUGCCCGCGCGCAAGCAGCAGGGUCUGGACCGCAAGGACCCGCCCAGACCGCGGGCUCGACCCGACGCCCCCCGCCCGCCUGUCACAAACUCUCACAGCCGUUUGGUCCUGCUGGAGACCCCGGGGACUAGCGUGUGCGCCACCAGGAGGCUUCCCUUCGUGAGGCGGCGUGAGGUGAAGACCAACUCGCUUCUCCGUGACCUCCUGCAGCAGAGCAGCUCUUUUGACGUGAGCAAGCCUUACAGACUGCUCAGCCCGCCGUACACCCGAGGAGGAGGAGCCAACGCCCACACGCCCAGGUCCGCCCCCAUUAAACAGGAGAAAGACUCCCCGGAGAGGAGACACUCCUCCUACGAGGCUCCGAAGAGCCCGGCGGAGGACAGCGCCUCCUUCUCGGUGCGGCGCUCCAGGCGUCUGGCCUCCUUCCCCAGCCGCUUCGCCAAGAGGCUGCGGCCCGAGCGGGCGAGGGAGGGCGACAGGAAGACGGAGAGAGAGGACGGCCAGGCGGCGGCCAAGCUCUCGCCGACGCAAGCCGGAGGGGGUACCACGACGGAGGCGCAGACGGAGAAGCCACGGCGAGGCGACGCGGCGGAGGCCACCGAAAUCUCCUGCCACAGCGAAAAGCGAGCCUGCCUGUGUCUGCCUCUGAACGCCAGCAAGUCCACAGGAGAGUUCAGCACUAAGAGCUUCGAGCAGACGCUCAGUGUGGACCUGUGCGGAACUGCAGGUCUGACUCCGCCCACCACGCCGCCCCACAAACCCGUGGAGGACGAACUCUUCAAACCAGCAGAGGCAGCAAAGGGCGGCGAGUCCGUCCAUUCCUCCGCCGGCGCCCACGGCGGCACCAAAGGCUCCUGGCUGAGCCGCGCUCACCAGCGGAAGCUUCCGGAGCAGACGGAGCUCUACGCUCAGCUGCGUCGGAUGGGCCAGGCCGGCGACAGCGACGCCUGUCACAGCUUCGGCGACCACGACUACUGCGCUCUGAGCCUCGGGGAAAGCCGCAAGCGAAGCAUCGCCAUGCUCGGCGCCAUGCUGCAGGCGCCCGGGGAAGCCAAAGCGGGCGCCGAAGCAACCGGAGAGGACGACGGCAAGAGUUCGGAGGUCACGGAGCCUCAGGAGCGGCAGCAGAAAGCGCAGACGUCACCGCCGCCGCCGCCUGGCUGCCAGUUGCCGGACGCCACGCCGCCGACAUCCGAGGAGGAGGCGGAGCGCUCGUCGGGAUCCCGCUCGCCCUCACCGACUCUCCAUCUGUGUCCCGACUCUCCCGCCAGCAAGACGGACUCCAGUGAAAACUCGGAGAUCUGCCCCGACGACGAGCAGCGGAGCCGAGCCAAUUCUGACGAGGAGAACUGUCAGGUGUUCUACAUCCACAACCUGCCCAGCAGCAUGACCCAGAACAUGCUGAGGAAGCGCUUCCAGGUCUUUGGCAAGGCGGAGGACUGCAAAGUCAUCAUCUGCAACGAGGAGCGCUGUGGGGUCAUAAAGAUCCGGCAGUCCGGGAUUCAGAGACACCGGAGGGAACGUGAGAAUGUCUUCCAGAGCGCGCCUGCGAGCCUGAGGAGACUGGCGAGGAAACGCUACAUCGACCUUGACGAGGCGGGUCCAGGGCCCAUCAAGAGCAAGUACGACGCACUGGACUUUGACACUCUGCUGAAGGAGGCCCAGAAGUCUCUGCACCGCUGACCGUCCAGCCUGAGUCACGGUGCCCUCAACAGGCUCCGCCCCUUCCGGACACGCCUCCCGGUAACCUCCGUGCACGGCGACCUCGCAAAGAUGUUUACAUUUUUACCAUUGGAAUAAAGCAACGAGAAGAAGCUUUUUUUUUUUUUUUUUCGUAAAAAAAAAUAAAAAAAACGGGCGUGAGGAUUCCGCUCAUCACGGAGGAGAGACAAUGGCGGGAACGGAACUUUCUAAGAGUAACGCCACAAAGCUGCUUCCUGUCUGUGUUGGUGACAUCAGCGCCCCGGCCGCGGGUGGGCGGGCCUGAGAGACCUCUGUAGCAAGUCCUUGCUAAUGUCGCGUCGGUCCUCGUGGUGUGUUUCUCUGCGCGUGCGUGCGUUCUUUGUGUGUGUUCUCUGUUCUCUUUGUUUGGU